AUGAGGCGCCAUCAUGGCCGGGCGCUGUCGCCCUAUGCCGGGCGGGUAGCUACCCCUCCAUCCGCCGAGGUCACGCUUGUGCGCCAGUUUGACCUCAAUCCUUCCAAACCUGCUCGCCAGUCCCCUCUAGCGACGUCUGGCUUUCAGGGCAUGCCGCUUGACCUCUUCGACCGCAUUCGCUCGUUUCCCCUCUUUCAGUCAACCCCAGACGGCUUUCUCACUCAGCUGGGACUGGUGUUGAAGCCUCAGAUGUAUUCACCCAACGCAUACAUCCUGACCGAGGGCGAAGAUGCCAAGUCAAUGUACUGGUUGGUCCGAGGCGCCGUGGCGGUUACAUCGAGAGAUGGCGAGAGCACCUACGCCGAGCUAAAGUCCGGAGCUUUCUUUGGUGAGAUUGGUAUCCUGCUUGACAGACCUCGCACAGCUACCGUGAUAGCUCGCACACGGUGCUUGACUCUGGUUCUCAAGAAAGAAGACCUGCAAAAGAUUCUGCCCGAUUAUCCAGACGUCGAGCGGGCCAUACGGGAAGAGGCGCUCGAGCGCCUAGCGCAGACUGAAAAGAAGAAGCGCCAAAUGCGCAUGGGCAAAGAAGAUCUGCCUGUACCCGAGCGGCGAGGAUCUAAACGCUCACGAGAGCUAGCAGGUGAUGAAAUGGACUUGAGUGACAGCGAUCACGGUCUCAACGGCGCCAGCAAGAGACGAAAGUCCCCAAGCCCUGGUACGCAGGACAUACCAACAGCAAGCGCAUUGGGACACGGUCUCGUCAACAUUCGUGCAACUCUCAAAGAGCUGCCUCUAUUUGCGACCCUGUCGAACGACAUGCUACACUUCCUUGGUCUGAAUGCUCAACCCCGAGGCUAUCCACCCUUUACAGAUAUUAUCAAGCAAGACAGCACUGGUCGCGAGGUUUUCUUCAUCGUGCGCGGCGAGGUCGAAGUGUUGGACGAGAGACCGGGGGGCAGUCCCGAUGCUCGCCGCCGAAGUGGUGGGAACUCGAUGCCGAGGGCGCCGACUGUCAAGGCCAGACUGAGACCCGGACAGUACUUUGGUGAGGUUGUCAGUCUGUCGCUGGCAGACCGAAGGACCGCUACUGUGAGAUCGGUGACGCAAGUCGAAUGCCUCAUGAUUUCGGAGAAUGUGCUCACCGAAUUCUGGCACAAGUGCCCUGCCAGCAUCAAGACUUCGGUCGAGAGCACCGCUCGACAGCGCCUCCAAUCUGCUUCGGAGAAUGACGUCGUCAUGAGUGAUGUUGACGCCGCUCCAGCAAUCGAUGAGCUGGAGAUUGGUGAUCACAAGCGCAAAAAGGUCAUACAAGUUGUGCCGCCGCCCGCGCCACGAGUCACCUUCAACGAUACAGAGAUCAGUGGCCCUCUUCAACCGCUGGGUACAGAAGAACCAGGCGUUUUUGAGCCACAUGACCCUGAUCCUUUCCGUAGCGAAGGUUUGGACAAGGUCAAGUCAAGAUCGCGACGGGGCUCUUUAGCACCACCGUCUCCUGAUGAAACGUCAGGCCAACAAAAGCGUCGGCCAUCGAGGGUUUCGCCAACAGGCACACAGAGUCCUUCGCCUCGCAGCUCGGCUUCCGCAACACCUUCUCCGAUUUCCGAGCAUAAAAUUCCCGGAUUUCCAUUUUCUGAUCCAUUCACACCGCUCAAGCGGCCCCGGCCACGAAACAACCUCACUUUUGGGCUCAACAGGGGCACAAUACCGGACGAGAUACUACCGCUAGUGUUCCAGCGACUGGAGCUUCACGAGUGUAUGCUCCUCCAAUCGGUUUCGCAACACUGGCAGAAUGUGCUGACCAAGUCGCCUCUUCUCUUUCGGACACUCGAUCUGUCGCGAUACAACCGUCGUGUGGACGACAAUGUACUCGCUCACAAAAUAUGUCCGUUCGUUGGCGAGAGGCCGCAGACAAUCGAUAUCAGCAAUUGCUAUCACAUCACGGACGAGGGGUUCAAUACGCUCGCGAGUGCGUGUGGAGUGAAGGCGACGAGUUGGCGUAUGAAGAGCGUGUGGGAUGUGACAGCGCCCGCAAUAUUGGAGAUGUCCAACAAAGCUCGAGGCUUGAAGUCGAUUGAUUUGAGCAACUGUCGUAAGGUGUCGGACACGCUCUUGGCUCGCAUCGUGGGCUGGGUGGUACCGCAGCAGAGUCAAGCUCAGAUGAACCGGCAGAAGGCCGUCAAUGGUGGACGGCCCGGUCUCAACACCAAGGUCAGCUCGAAUACAGCAAUUCCGGCCCCUGGAACAGUACUGGGAUGUCCUGACCUGUCAUCGAUCUCACUUAGCUACUGCAAGCAUGUGACGGACCGCACCAUGCACCACAUUGCCACGCACGCGGCAAACAGGAUCGAGUCGGUGGACUUGACCAGAUGUACGACGAUUACCGACUCCGGGUUUCAGUACUGGGGCAAUGUACGCUUUGAGCGGCUCCGGCGCCUAUGCCUUGCUGACUGCACCUACCUGAGUGACCAGAGCAUCGUCUGGCUUGUGAAUGGUGCAGGAAGCGGGCUGCGGGAGUUGGAUCUGUCGUUCUGCUGUGCCUUGUCCGAUACGGCUACUGAAGUACUCGCCCUGGGGUGUCCCAAUCUGACGCACUUGAACCUCUCAUUUUGUGGCAGUGCAGUCUCAGACCCGUCACUCCGAUCACUAGGACUACAUCUGACUGCACUGCAGCAGCUGGCCGUUCGUGGUUGCGUCCGAGUGACUGGUGUUGGCGUCGACAGCGUUCUGGAGGGCUGCCAUAAACUACAGGUGUUUGACGUUAGUCAAUGCAAGAAUCUUCAACCAUGGCUCGAGCGAGGUGGAGUGCAGCGUUGGCGGGCGAAGGGGCGCAAUGUAUACUUUGAGGUUGUGAGCUCGGGCUCGAAGCUUGUGAGAUGA